AUGGCAUGUCGAAUACUCAACAGCUUGGGGGCAGUUGGUGCGGUUGCAAUCAUCGUCACUGCUGCUCUCAUCACCUCUACCAAUAUAGUAACCGACAGUGACGCUGGAGCUAUAGGAGCAGCAAUUGCCACCGCUGUACUCGGUGUUCUGGAGCUGAUUCUUUGUUUCCUUGCGGGUACGUUCUCCUCGCGCAUCCUGCAAAGCGCUGCCGCAAUGGAAGCUGCUACUGUGGCUUACAGUGGUGGUGGGGUAGCCAACCCAGGAAUGCAGUACCCGGAAGCACAUGUCCAAAUACAGUACCCAGCUCAGCCACCUCAGGGCCAGUACCCAGGCGCCCCAGACCAGGGGCAGUACCCAGGCCCACCGGCCCAGGGGCAGUACCCAGGCCCACAGGCCCAGUACCCAGGCCCACCGGCCCAGGGGCAGUACCCAGGACCACCGGCCCAGGGGCAGUACCCAGGCCCACAGGCCCAGUACCCAGGACCACCGGUCCAGGGGCAGUACCCAGGCGCACCGGCCCAGGGGCAGUACCCAAGCGCCCCGGUCCAGUACCCACCAACCGAAGAGCAGAAGUACUAAGCACCGUGUUAUGCGUCCUGCUGGGCACAAUUUCCUAUGCUAUAGCCGACAAUAUUGCUGGGUAAAUUUAUGUAGCUGAGUAAAAAUCAACAGAGAACCAAUCACUGGCAACUUAAUUUGUAUGAUAUAGUUUUGCGGGUAACCUGUUUUGGCUAAGUGUUUUUUUUUCUAAGCUUAACAGGUUCCUGUGGU